GGCUGGCCGGGGGAGGUACCUGCCGUGGUAAUGGCCUGGUUGAGCGUCGGCUUCGGCGCCGUGCUCUUCGCUCCAAACAGGCGAUUCAUGUUUACAGAAGCCCAGGUGUAGAUCGGUGUGGUGUUGUACCUGAGAGUGCAGCCUAGCCGUGUGCAGGGGUGAGUCGUGUCGUCGCGGGGCACUUUCAUGCGUAGUGCAUCGUCAAGCUUGGGCCGCCGCAGCCAGCGUCAUCGGGCUAUCACGUGCGGCAGGCAGCGCGCACCAGAUCAGACGGCACUGGGCUGGUGCAGGCCGGUACGCUUGCCUGCAGCGCGUGGUUGCAGGUGUCGCACUCCUGGCGACUGUCCAGACAUGUCACCAGGCCGGAGGGCUGCAGCGUGCCUGCCUGAGCACCUCUCACCGGCCGUCCUCGGCCUAGCGUUGGCCCAGUUGCCACGGGCUGUGGUGCUCGUCUGUGUGUGCUGUCACCGCCGCUCUGAUAUACCCCCACAGCCGCCCACUCUGCGCCUUGCCGCUGCAUUCUGUAUUCGUAACGGCCUCCCACGACGUCUCUGCUGUCUGUGUGCCCCCAUUGUGCGACCGCUCGCUUGCUUGCGCCCUCCUCGGAGGUUUCUUCGCCAGGUACCGCACCGUCCCACACUGCCCGCUGCCCGCUGCCCGCCCUGUUGACCCUCGCGCACGCGCCCCGCUGCCAUUCACUCCCCCCGCGCCGUGCCUUCCUCUACUGACUCUGCAACUCGCUUCUAGCCGCACAUCCUCCGACCGUCACGCCC